UUCACAUUUAGUUUCGCUACAAAGAUGGUGAUGUUUCGUCUGUUCUGCUGUUUCAUCAGCUGCACCAAGAUAAGACCGUCGUCGCCUUCACCGCAAGUGGUUGAAACGAGCAAGAAAGUUCCAGCGUCUCUUCCUCCACCCAAAAGUGCCAAAACGGAGAUGAAAAAGCCACGGCCGUCUUCGAGGCCACCAGUAAAGGCUUCAGGCCGUCGUAAACGCUAUAGUAAAGACGCUGGCGGUGUCGCAGGCUGCGGUGGUGGAUGUGGCGGCGGUUGCUAAUUAUAAUGUAGGCACGAGAUUUCGUAGUUAAAUGUGAUUACUUUCUUCUGCGUAGUGUGUUGGAUUUUAUCUGUACGUUGAUUUUAACAUUUAAUCUUCAAAAUUGUCAAAAUUUAAUGUAUAUAAAUUUAAAUAACAUGGUUCCUC